GUUCUCUGCUCACUUACUGAUAUGGAUUUUAUAAACAUAAAUAAAUUUGAGAUGGCAUCAGAUAUAGCCAAAUAUACAAGGGGGUCGGUAGGUGGCGGGACUCCUGAACUCCUUCUUUCAAUAGGAUUCAACCCAACUAUUUCUAGACUCACGGUUAAUAUUCUUCAGGGGAAGAAUUUCAGGAAGAAGAGUAAAGAGAACCAUGAGAACCUGGAACCUAAUACAUAUGCUAAGAUUCUGCUUGGGAACCAUACCAAGGUUGUGAAAGCAAAGAAAACUGUUGUUGUCAAGAACUGUUCUUCUCCAGAGUUCUCAGAAUCAUUUCAUUUCAAGGUUGAAGAGAAGGAUUUUGACACUACAAGUAUAACAGUCAACAUCAUGGAGGAAAUGUCGUUGUUUGAACGAGACCGAACCAUAGGGUACUGCGUCAUUGGAGGAUUCAUGUUUGCAAGGGGUAAGGGUGAGGGUCACUGGGUAGAAGUCAAGAAAAACAUCAAACAGCAAAUAGAAAUGUGGCAUACUCUUGUGGAAAAAUCAAAGAAGAAAGACCAGUGCAGUGGUGGGUUUACUCCUAGAAUAGAGCCUGACAGUCAGUCUUCAUACUUUUAGAAUAAUUUGCAAUUAACCUGUAAGCCACAAUUGAAAUACCACAAAAAGUUUCCGUAAAUAAGCAAAACAAAAUUAGGCCAAAAUACUUUUUGUGGGCUUCUAUCUUUGAAAACAAUCAAGCCAAACUAUUCUUUAUAGUCUGUUCUCAUAUUUUAAAAUAAUUUGCAUUAAUGCGCUUUUAGGAGUUUAAGGAAUUUAAGACAUUAAUGUUACCGAAAA